AUCUGGGAAGUAAUUGUUACUAUCUACUUAAUGACCCAUGUCCCAAUUUCGUGCUGAUGAAACAAGAUAAAGAUGACUAACUGCCCGUUUGUUUGGAUGUGCAUGAAUUCUCGCCUACCUUAUCGCACCGUGACUGCAACUUCACCGAGUCCCUUUCUAUCCAAGGUUGCGCAACAAGGUUCGCUACAGACAAAGCUUAUUGUGAAAAUCGGCUUAGACAGUCUCUAUAGCAACUGCGAAUCAUAACAGAAGAGUGAGGGCUUCAUCAGUGAAUCAUCUUCGUGAUGGUAAAACAGAGGCAAAUAGGUCCUGAGAAGGAGGACUGUUACCAUUCUCUUUCUGACCUGGUCCGCCCAACGCUCACUUUGAACAUCAAAAAACUCGAAAUCCCUGCAUGGCAUCUGAUUGAAUAUUCCACAUCCCAGGCAGAUCAACGCACUUUCAGAUGGCUUCUAAAUAAGGAGGCUCGACUCUUGACGAGAAUUUUUCAGGCCUGUAUCUACUUUGUCUCUCCAGAAAAGCUGGAAGAUCUGUAAAGCCAUUUCGAAUCCUGCAUCAGCGAACAAUGCCAAUAACAUCCUGGUUCAAAUGGAGCAAGCCUAUUCAAAAUUACUCCCAGAGGAACCCCACAGAUGUGAUCAUUGAAACCCUCAUGAUGGAACUUAGCUGGCAGAUGAAACAAGCUGAGAAGAUGCAGAGAGAACGGGAGAAUGAGUACAGGAGAAUAAAAACAGGAGUAGAUUACAGCUGGCUGAUCAGUCACCCCAAACAUAGUUACGAAAUGUCUCCAAGAAUGAGGCUAGAACUUGAAGAGGCUUGUUCCAAAAUCCACCCUUCUUACUGUGGGCCUCUGGUACUUAGGUUUCGACAGGUAAUUGCUGAAUAUGAGCCAGAAGUUCAUGAAGUAGUACAAUUAUUCCAGGCUGUUCUUCAGGAUGCUUUAGAGCAAAUGAAACAAGAUCAAGAUACCAGUAAGCUAACCAGGCAAUGGAACAAGAAACAGACAUUGAGUCUCUCCACAACAUUGUUUAAAUCACGAGUAAGGAUAUAUCCUUUCAGCAGUAAUAUCAAGACAGUGUCAGAAGAUGUGGAGCAAGACUUUGAGUCAGCCAGACGAGUAUGGAGUAUGCCGGAAUUCAAAACUGCUCACGAUUUCUGAGGGAGUGCACAAUUUCUACUUUCUAACAGACAUUUUGCUGUAGAGGUGAUUAGAUAUCAUAUUUAAACACUAAACACUAGAUUGAUUCUUGUCUUUCAGUGAUGUGACCGCUACGAAUGUGCAUGGCUUGCCCACUGUGAGCUCACAGAUAUGAAGCUGAGUUACUUAUUCUUGAGAAUGGAGAUGGAAUUUGUUUCUGGCUAAACUGUGAAAUGAAGGAUAAUAGCUUAGAUGCUUGCUUUAAACAGUAACUGAUUUUCAUCACUAUUGAAUACUAUCUGCACUUACUGAGGAUAAUUAUGAUUUAUUAGAAUAUUAUAUUGGUAUUCUGUCAGUUUUUUGAGGACUAAUAAAAAAUCUGUCAGUACUAUAAGUAAUCUCACUGUAAUUCUUUCCAUAGAUGCGUGUCUCUACAGCAUUGUCAAAGUGAGAAAUCCAGAAACAUAUGUUGAUCAUUUUCAGACGUAUUUUGUAAUGCUCCUUCGUACCGUGCAUCUUGUUAAGCAAUUUGAACAGUUAGAAAUCAUUUUUAUUUUCAUUGUCAUCAAAUAUCACGAGUGCAUGAUAGUCAAGAAUAAGCAGCCAUGUGACUUUCCUCCUGGAGCCACUCCAACCCUCUCUCAAUCAACAUAAGGUUUCAAAUAAGAGUUACAUUCAUUUUUCAGGAAAUUAAAUACUAAUGGAAUGCUUUGUACCCUUAGGAAUUGUAUUUUUUUGACGGAGAGUGAUCUUUCCCAAAGAAUGGGAAAGUUCAUGAUGUAUUCAGAUCAAGUGAGGCAUUUGAGACUAAAACUGGGGAAAAGAUGGGAUUUAAACUCAACCAAAUAAACUUUAUUUCAAUUCUUGUUGUUAAGCACUUCUGAACUUCUAUUGCAUAGCAUUUCCUGUACCAUACAUCACCCCACCUCAAUAGAUUAACCAUGGAAUCAGUUCCAAUAAGCCAUUCAACAAAUAGGCAACUGGUUGUAGGAGAGUUUGUUAAAAUAGUUCUCUCCUUUGUUUAGUAGAAAUUUAGGGCUACGUUUUACCAAAAAUCAGCUAACAUGAUAUUAACACUGACAAAUGCAGGUAAAAAAUUUAAGAGGGAGAGUGGGUAAGAUGGGAAGAGUAAAGGUUUGCUGUUAAACAGACCUUAGAAUCCUUGAGGUGAUAGAUUCAUAACUUGAGAACACAGCUCAGUUCGCAAUAAACAACUGCACCUCCCAGUCGCGAGCCAUUUCAACUCCCCCUCCCACUCCUUAGACUACAUGUCCAUCCUAGGCCUCCUGCAG